AUGCAUGCGCCAAGCUUUUGGGCGGCCAUGUUUGGCUUGGCUUCCUCUGGUGCUGCCCUCAGUCCAGUGGAAGCUUACGGAAACAAAUUUUUCAACAAGGAUGGGUCGCAAUUCUUCAUCAAAGGCGUUGCAUACCAACUGGUUCCCCAGGAUCCCCUCGUCGACACGGAGCAGUGCAAGCGAGACUUUUCUCUCAUGAGGGAGCUUGGCGUCAACACCAUCCGUGUAUACCAUGUUGACGACGAUGGCAAGCAUGACGGCUGCAUGAAAGCAAUGGACGAUGCCGGCAUCUACUUGCUGGUGGACCUGGACACCUUCGACACGUAUAUUGAGGCUACUGGACUUUACUGGAACUCUACUCAGUAUGAAAGGUACAGCAAAGUUAUGGAUGCCUUCCAAUCCUAUGACAACGUUCUUGGUUUCUUCAUCGGAAAUGAGAACAUUGCCAAAAAGGACGACUCUCCCGCAGCACCCUUCCUCAAGGCUGCCGCUCGCGAUUUGAAGGCCUACCGUGAUGGAAAGGGUUACCGCAAAAUUCCCGUCGGUUACUCUGCCGCCGACAUUGUGCAGCUCCGCCCCAUGCUGCAGGACUAUCUCACCUGUGGUGGGAAUUCCUCGGAAAUUGUCGACUUUUUUGCCCUCAACUCGUACUCGUGGUGCGACCCAAGUAGCUACAAAACGUCUAGCUACGACAAACUCGAAGAGUAUGCCAAGGACUUUCCCGUUCCAAUCUUUUUUAGCGAGACUGGUUGCAACGUCCCAGGCCCGAGGUUGUGGGAUGACCAAGAUGCAAUCUUUAGCAGCCCCAUGGUCAGUGACUGGAGCGGCGCUAUAAUAUACGAAUGGAUCCAGGAACAGAACCAUUACGGACUCAUUUCCUAUGGUCCCCCGGUCGACGCGUCACAGCAGGGCGAGAACGUCUUUGAUGGUUUCGCCCGCAAAGGCACACCAACACCGGUUAUUCCUGACUUUGACAACCUCAAGAUGAAGUGGGCCGGCAUCCACCCGACGGGUGUCUCGAAGAAGGAUUACGACGUAAAGAAAAUCUCUACCCGUCCGUGUCCUACCUCUACCGCAGGUGGAUGGUGGCAGGUUAAUGGCAAUGUCGUAUUGCCUACGCUUGGAGAAACACUGACAGGGACCUUUACAACUCAAGCUAGUGCCACAGGCGAUGCUUCGCGCACGACAGCAAAAGCGUCAGAAACCGGUAGCGGGACCAAGACUGGCAAAGAUGGUGACAGUGGUGCUUCUGUUGACAAGAGCAUUACCGUUCUAGGCGUCAGCGCUGCCGCAAUUGUCGCCGGCUUUGCACUUCUUCUAUGA